UAAUCACUGUCAUUCCAAUACUCCGUUGUUCCGUUGUAAAAUAUUUAUAAUUCACAGUUUCUGUUUGGUCUUUUGUCAUUUUUUCAAGUCAACUGUUAUUUGCAGAUUAUAUUAGUUUGGAAAUCUUUUAGAAUGUCGUCGCCUCUCGAAAAUUUAGAAACUCAAUUAGAGAUGUUCAUAGAAAACGUACGACAGAUACGUAUUAUUGUUAGUGACUUUCAACCACAAGGACAAAGUGUAUUGAAUCAAAAGAUACAAUCACUUGUUACUGGACUGCAAGAAGUUGACAAGUUGAAAUCUCAAGUUCAUGAUAUCCAUGUGCCAACUGAAGUGUUUGACUACAUUGAUCAAGGUAGAAAUCCACAACUUUACACUAAGGACUGCAUUGACAAAGCCUUGGCGAAGAAUGAAGAAGUUAAAGGAAAAAUUGAUUCAUACAAGCGCUUCAAGAGCCAUCUUCUGUCUGAAUUGUCAAAAACGUUUCCUAAUGAAAUAGCAAAAUAUAAAGCCAUUCGAGGUGGUGAAUAAUUAUUUAAUCAUUUAAAUAUUUCUUAAUAUGUAUACAUGGUUGUAAGUAAUCUUAUAUUUUCUCUAAGAACUGAUAAAUAUACUUUAUAAGUGUAGAUUGUCAUCAAAUGUGUUACCAUUGCCACAUUGGUAUUAAAAUCUCUUUACUGUCUUUCUCUUUGGCAAAACAGAGACAACAAUAUGCUUUUGUAAAAGAAAGGCAAUGGAAUUUCCUGAUUAGAGUUAAGUUUUAAAAUAAUAUUUUAGUUUUUAAAAGUAAUUGUGACUGUACUAUUUAUAUAAGUUUAUUAUCUACAAUAUAUAAAAUCUAGAACUAUAAUAUUCUGCCACUGUUCACAUUU